AUGUCGCAGACCCGACAGAGAGAAUCCGAGACGGACAGCGCCGACUACUGGGUCGGUGAUAAUCAGCACCGAUUGACCACCAAACGGCUGAAGGACCAGGAGGCAUGGCCGCAGAUGGCUGACGAUCAACGAAAGAGAGGUAGGAACGAGGACGGCGACAAGCAUCGACGAAUCAAAACGAUCAGAUGUAGUGUACAAGAAGCAGCGAAAGCUGAGGUGGAGUCGGUCGAAGACGAGGAACGUGACGUAAUCACUCGCCACAACAACGACUACGAAGAAGACAAGCGCGUCGUGGUCGUGUUGUCUGUUGCCUCGACAUUUUCACGGCUGGAUUCGUCCAGCCCGCUGACCGACCGACCGACCGCCGACAACAACGACCAACGGCAACUGACGAUGACGAUGACGACAACCACGACCACAACUUCGCCGCACCACCUCAUGAGUUGCAAUGAAACGACGCAGUUACUGCAAGAUCCGUGGUUCUGGGGCGGCGAGGUAGUGAAGCUGAUUUUGGCGCCGUCGUCUCUGGCAUUCAACCUCCUAUUUUUGUAUUUGUUGUCGCGCUCGCGUUGCCUACAUGUCAACGUGCGCAAUCUUCUUGGCAACAUCUCGGCAUGUCUUGUGGUCAGCGGCCUCUACCUCACCGCAAAGGGUAUCGUGACGAUUGUGUCCGUAUUUCGCAGAAGACCUUGUUGGAUCAGCGCCUCGCAUUAUCCGCCACUAUGCUCAUUUCAGACUGGCGUCUUGAUGACAACCGUCUUCUCACUGAUCGCCUCAUUCUUCGCGCUGCAAGUCGAACGCUUCUACGCCGCCAUGCAGAUGAACAGCUACGACGACAGGCGCAGAGCAACCUGUUCAAUCGCCAUCCUGUUCCUCAUCUGGACAGGAACCAUUCUUUGCACGUCGGCCGUCGUCGCCACCAUUCCUACCGUAUUACCCUUGGCCAUCUGUAACGAGUGGCUAGCGAUGCACUCGGUGGCCUUUGCUGCCGCCGAGGCCAUCAUUCCCACCAUGCAGGUGUUCGGUAUUUCCCUUUUCGUCGGUAAGUUCAUUUGUCAUUAA